AAAGACAGCAGUGCUCUGCUACAAACCGGAUAUCUCUCUCCCCGAGAAUUAUAUUUUGGAAUACUUUAGGCUACCGUCUCCAAACUAAAGACGAACUUUUGCUGUAAUACAUUCAAAUGCAGUUGUAUUGCUUAUGGUGAAAAGCAAUACAAACACCUCAUCGCGUCUUCUGGAUGGGUUUUUACCUUGCUGUCAGAUGCCCAAGUUUGUUUUGACAUGGAUUCCUUAACCAUCGUUACUUGGCGUUAUGUGGCCUAAUUGGAAAAGCAGCGAAGUCUGUAAUUUAACCUAAAUUACACAGACCAACACUUCAGUGUGUCAGCGGUGGACCACACUCUUCCAUCAUGCAAUGGGUUAAAAUCAUUUUGGCAUUAAUUGCCGUCAGCAUCGGGAUAUGCGACAGUUUUCCAAAUUACAAAUACGAGGAUAUUGAUGAGGAUCUCGCCACCUUUGAUUAUUACCGAGCCAUGGAUGAAAGGAUGAAAGGUUCUACAGACUGUGCCGAUUGUGUCCCAGAGCUUUGUCCGCAGACAGCUGGCUGUCGAGCGGGUGUCGUUUUGGAUAGCUGCAAAUGCUGCUUGGAAUGUGGGAACCUGGAAGGACAAACGUGUGAUCUGGAUGACAAAAAUGUGUACUAUGGUUUGUGUGGUUCUGACCUCGAGUGCAAGCUCGACUUAGCAGAGUCAGUAGAUGGCGAGGCACCGGAGCCGCAGUGUGUAUGCGUAUCGCAAGAGCCCUUGUGCGGUUCGGACGGAAAGACUUACAUGAAUAAUUGCAAAUAUAAAGAAGCUAAGUUUUCUGACCCGACACUCAACGUAACCACAGGUCCUUGCAAAACAGUCCCUAUCAUCAAGGUGCCCCCACAUGACCAUGUGAACGUCACGGGAAGCAGCAUGGCGCUCCUGUGUGAGGUCUUUGCCUAUCCCAUGGCCCUGGUGGAGUGGAGGAAAGACGGCCGUGAUGUCAUCCUUCCUGGAGAUGACCCGCACAUCUCCGUCCAGUCUCGUGGAGGCCCCCAGAAGUACGAGCUGUCCAGCUGGCUCCAGAUCGAGGAGGCCACUCAGAUGGACUCGGGCACCUACCGCUGUGUGGCCCGCAACGAGCUUGGCAACGCCUCGGCCUCCGCUAUUCUAGGAGUCCUGCCUCCAGAUGAAAUGUCCACUUACGUGGACAAUAUGAAAGAGAUGAUGGGAUUGGGUCUGUCAAAAGACUACGAUGAAGACUAUUACUGAAGCACAGGGACAUUCAGUCAUAAAGAAUCAACAACCAGCUUUCAAAUGAAGGACAGAUUCCUCAGUGGAACAGUGGGACUUGUUGGUUCAUCAACAGUGCAGUCACCAACACUACGGUACAUUGGUGCUUCCUCUAAAAUACCAUCUGAUCAAAACAUUGAGGUCUCACACUAAUAAUACUAAGCAUACCAUCUGGAAUACAUUUUUUUUGACUCUUUUAUUUUCAUUUUGUUUUUAUUUGUGUAACUAUGAAGAAUGGCUUGGGGCGGGAAGGACAGCUUUUUGAGAAACACCAUAGCAGUCAGUGUCCUACGAGGACAGUGACACAAACGUUUCAUGAUACCACUGGUUGUGGCAGGGGAUUUAACACACACACACACACUGUGCUGCACCCGGCGUAUGUGUGCGUUGGGGCAGCUGUGUCUCGACACCCACAACGAUGAAUGCCUCCAUUGUUUCAUGGACUGCCCCAUUGCAGUCCAUAUUUCUGACUGACCAUAAAACACGGACUUCUUCUGUAGGGUGAACUUCUGUAGUACAUUCCAACUGAUCUAAAGCUAUUUCAAUGGGAGAAGAAGAAAAACCAAUAACCCCCACUGUCAUCUUUUUUUUUUUUUUUUUUCCCUUUUCUGUCCUUUGAACAACGUUUGGGGGUAUCCGUUUCACCCAUCAUGUCUUGUGCCGGCAUAAUGUACAAAUGCUAACUUGAAUUUAUUGAGGAAUACUGAGUUCGUCCUUUUCCUCUGCACCUCAUCUGGAGAGAAGCGUAUUUCAGGCUCUGACUUUGUGUAUGUUUCCACAUGUAUCCAUAUGUGCUCCUGUUACACACUGAACAUGUGUGUGUGUUUGUCUAUGUCUGGAUUUUAGUGUAUGCUUAUGUAAAGCACAUGGAUGAACAACCAUGCGUAUGGGUGUGUAUGUCUGUGUGUGUUUGGAUGUAUAUGUAUGUUUCUGUCUACAUGUGAUCAAGCAUGGGUAUGAAAGAGCAGACAAAACUGUCUUUGUGUGUUUAUCAUUGUGUGAUUGUUUGUCCUCCUGUGUGUGUGUGUGUUUCUAUAUGUCUGGAUUUUAGUGUAUGCUUAUGUAAAGCACAUGGAUAAACAACCAUGCAUAUGGGUGUGUAUGUCUGUGUGUGUGUGUUUGGAUGUAUAUGUGUGUUUGUGUCUACAUGUGAUCAAGCAUGGGUAUGGAAGAGCAGACAAAAUUGUCUUUGUGUAUUUAUCAUUGUGUGAUUGUUUGUCCUCCUGUGUAUGUGUGUGUGCAUGUGUGUGCGUUUUCAAGUCUGAGAUUGAGGAAGUCCACAGAUGGUUUUAAUGUAUCUUGAGAGUGCUCAUCUGUGCAGACAGGAGUAUGCGUUUACACUCACAUGCCCACAGGGUGCUCCUGGUCAUCCAACUUGAUGAAAAGAUGAACUACAGCAGACCUGAUAUUGAAAGAUAAUCUUCAGACAUAUGUUGGCACAAGGUAUGUUUUAGAAACAUCACCGAGACAGAAAGAGCUGGUACUGGCAACAGUCAUUGUGAACGUAGCUUUGUCAGGUCUUGGCCUCUAUGCAGAGUAAAGGAGCUUCACAGGUAAAAGCUUCAAUUAUUCUCCGAAUAACGUUUAAUUUCUUUCACUGUCUUUGUUUCUUAGUUCUGUAGUUUUUUCCUUCUUCUGAAAUACUUGUUAUUCACUGUUGAGACAAGCUCCAAAGUCAGGAAGAUUAAUCCCCAUAUGCUAUUUAUAUUUAUGAUACUGAUCUAUUAUGUGAUGUUAGCUCCUUGCUGUGGUUAGUAUAAUGUUUUCCCCAGACUUUCUCAUUCAGUCAUGUUUGCUUCUACAUUCUUUGGUAAAAUAUAUACUUGUAGUCAUUCCUAUGAUUGAGUUUUAAUUUAAUUUUCUUUGUCUCAAGACCUAUUAAUCAAAUUAAACAAAUAUCUUCAUUAUGAGAUCUGGAUAAGGCCCAUAGUGGAACCAAACACUUUAAACUGGGUUGGACUAUGAAGCCAGAGUUGAUUCCAAGAUUCAUAUCAUCUCUGAGCCUGUAUGGUAUUAAAUGAUCAUAACCUCGAGCAAGCUCUACAAAAAGGUUUGUUUGCACACGUCUUGCAAACACCAGCCUGCAAAAGCAGCAGUGGCCAAACGUAAAUCAUGGAGCAGAGUAGUUUCACUGCUGAGGGCUGAGGCCCCUUGUGGCUGACUUCAUAACAGUCUGACGUACUGUAGCCUACCUACCUCAGGUCCUGCUCUCAUUGAAAGCACAUAAAACGUAACGGUAAAUUCAGAUUAUCAAGGUAACGGUGCAGAUGUCAAGAGAAGUUGUAGCAACAGAUGUCUGUUUAUGACACAUGGUUUUAUUUAUUUUUGAACGACUUUAGACUGCGAUAACAGAAGACCUUCUCAGGUGGAGGGCUUAACCUGACCUGAAAAUAAAAUUACAUUUUACAUAUAUAUACAGUAACAUUACCAUAUGCCAU